AUGGCUAUUGAGAAUAUAUAUAUUGCCAGACAUGGUUACAGAUCGAAUUGGCUACCAAAAGGCCCAUAUCCACCACCUCCCACUGGCAUUGAUAACGACGUCCCACUCUCAGAGCAUGGUGUUGACCAAGCGCAUGAGUUAGCAAAUUAUAUCUCUAAAUUAGAUGUCAAACCGGAAAUAAUUUUCUGCUCACCAUUUUAUCGUUGUCUGGAAACUAGUGAACCCACUGUGGAAUCUUUGAAAAUUCCAUUAUUUGUCGAUCGUGGUGUAGGAGAGUGGUAUAAACCAGAUAGACCCAUAAUCCCAGAACCAGCUACCCAUGAGGUCAUGAAUAAGUUUUUUCCAGCCAUGAUUAAUCCAGAUUGGGAACCUAGCAUCAUUCCCAGUAAUAAGGGUGAAACAGAAGAAGAUAUUUUUGAGAGGUGUCAUAAGUUCUGGCCUGUGUUUAUUGAAAGGGUGGAGAAUAGAUUUCCAGAGGUUAAAAGUAUCAUGAUCGUUACACAUGCUGCCACUAAAUCUGCGCUAGGUAUGAACUUACUAAAAUUCUCUAGUGCUAAAGAGCCCAUUGAUAACAAGGGCACCUUUAUAAGAAAUGGAAGUUGCGCUAUUGAUAAAUUUGAAUUGGUAAGAGCAGAAUGCGAUACCAUGCCGUUCGAGAAGAGAGAGUGGAAGCUUACAAUGAAUGGUAAUACCUCCUUCUUAACUAAUGGUGAAGAAAUGAACUGGACAUUCAUGAAUGCCUUUGAAGCUGGUUCGGACGCUGAUAUUAAGGCGAGAAGAGCAGCCAAGAGUGGAAAAUUGAAAAUGGAAUGA